AUGCCAUCGAAAAACGACGUGACCGACGUCGACCUCAAGAGGAAAGCGGACAAAGCCUCACGGAUGCGUCAUCUGUGGACUAAGGUUUUUUUUUGAAUUUUCGCUCUUCUUGCAAAAAUCUUCUCAUUUUUCAAAACCGCUUUUAUUUGUACUUAGGCAUCAAUCUGCGGUUUCCAUUCGAAAACAUCAAAGAUCCAGAUCGAAGAAACAAUGUUUAUCAACUGGCAUUCCUUCAUAAUCCCUGAACGGCGACUUUAUCGUGUCUAGACAAAACCACAAAGUAUAGUGAAAGGCCUGAUUGGCAGCUAUCUGAUAGACUACGAUAUGAAUGCAAAAGGAUCAAAUUUUGAACUUGGUGAUAUGAGACAAUUUUCGUAAUUUGAUUGAUAAGUUCCAGUUUUCCAAGAGUUUCGCUUUAAGACUCUGGAGUUGAAGGAAUGAUAUAGCAAACAGGAAAAUAUAAAGUUGUCUAGGAACUCCAAGAAAAAAUAAUGAAGAUAACUUAGAUGCUAUUAAGAGAUAAAUAACGCAACUUUGACUGUAAUUUGCAGGGAAGUUGAAUUUUCCCUAUUCAAUUUGAGAACAGAACGUUUUAAUAACCACAACAAAGUCUCAAGAAUUUGAGAAAAAAGUGAAUGGAUAACAUAUCUAAGGUACAAUCAAACACUUACCGGACCUUCAAAAAUUUCUCUCCAAAAUUUCGAGUUUUGGAAAAAAGUUUGUAAGCUUGCUAGUUCAUCUAUUUUUUUCCAUUUUUCGAAAAAAAUCCAAUAUGCUAAUUAUCAGAUAUAAUGCAAAAAAAGAACAAAAACGCAAAAAGAAAUUAAUAGUUAUAAAAAGGAAUUCCUUCCUCACCUGGACACCGGAUACUGUAAUCGGCGUGCAAAUAAUAUCGAUCUUGGAAGGGGAAGAAACGGACGCCAGACCACCCUGAUCGGAAAAAGCGGAUUACUGUAUUAUUCGCGCUAAUCUCGAGUUGUCGGCUAUAUUAAAAUAUAGCGAAGACGAAGCGGAGUUGCUCAAAAAUUAGACAGAAAUGAGAAAACCUUUAAUAUCUUAUCUGCAAGAGUUGAAGCUACACAUUCAUUCUUUUUUUGUUUUUUUGAUAUGAAUAUUCUGCUCUGAGAAUAGUUUUUGGGCCAAUGGGGGCAAAAAAACAAGAUCAUAAUGUUCAACUUUCUAGAGAGUUUUUCUUCAGCUUUUUCAAUUUUUCCAAUUUUUUUAACGGUUAAAAAAAGUUUUCAGAAAAAUUAUUAUGAUAAAAAUUUACAAGUGAUUAUGAUUGGAUUUUUUUGCAUUUUUUUGAGUAAAAAAACAGCCAUUCUGGAAUUUUUUUCAGCAAUAAAUUACAUCAAUUUCCGGUCAAAAAUGGUUUUUUUCUUCAAUUAAGCUUGUUUAUAAUUUUGAUGGAAAAAAGUUGACGGCAUCUAUUUUUAACAAAAGUUUGUGGGUGUCAGUGAACUUUCUUUCGAAACUUUUAUAGACAAGUAGAAAGGAUUUUUUUGGUUGCUAAAUUAUUAACUUAACAUAAAUAAGCUCAAAAAAACACCGUCGAGUAGGCGUUUCAUUUGUGAAAUUUUUCAAUUACUCAAGUUUAGAAUAGAAAAACUAGGCGGCUACUAUUUUUGAAGAAAUGCCGUGGGCGUUGGGAUAGUACUUAAACUGCUUGGAAAAGAAUGUUCCGUUUUGAGGUCGACGCGAAAAAAAAACAUAAUCCGAAAAAGUUGCGAUUUUGCAUUUCAAAUGCCGUUUUUUCUGGACACGCGUCACCUCCAAUUCCCUUUUCGAUCCCCCUCAAAAACUCUUUUGCGCGACGGCUUUUCCCUUCGGCGUUAUUUGUUGAGGUUUUUCUCUCUUUCGGAAUAAAUGUCGCUGUUGCCUUCUAGAUGAUAUCAUCGUGACUCCGCGACGCUUGUCCUUUGCUCUUGAACAGCUUUUUUUUGGUUUUUGAAAAAAAAUGCUUUUGAGCCGUUAUUGAACCAUCAACCCACGCACAUUCUCAUUCUUCAAUAGAUGAGAAGAUCGUUCAGAGUAUUAGAAUCAGAGUUUUCGGGUCGGAAAUGCUUCAAAAAAUGCUUAUAUUAAAAAGUUAUUUUGCCAUGAAAAUUUUUCAAAGUUUCGCAGAAGACUAACGUUUAAUCAAUGACAUGACCUGAAGGAAUUGACUAAAAAAAUAAUGACUUUUUUUGCUUCACAGGAUAAUAAGUCCUCAUUGAAAUUCCCCAGUUCCGACGAAUUUUUAUGAUUUAAUGACGAAAUUCACAAAUUUUCAGGUUUAAUUUAGUUCCUGAAUUUUUUCCCCUAACUGCACUUUUUUGAUAGGGGUGAACUUUUUUCGAUUUUAGAAAAGUUUAAUUUUCCAAAGCGAACAUGUACCUGAAGGUCCUUCCAAAAACUUAGUUUCAGAUUUUGUGAUUUCUUUUCAAAGUGAAAAGUUUUCAACCGAAAACAGGUGAUUUUGGAAAUUCAAAGAAAAGCCUUCUGAAUCACCUGUUCGACCGUAGGAAAAUGCUAAAUAGACGUCAGUACAAGUCAGGCGCAGACAAAGGCAGCUGAAAGAUAAAUUCUCGAAAAAGGUGGCAAAAAUGUAAAAAAAACAAAGAAAAAAAAUUUUUUUUUUAGUUUUACUUUUAUCUAGCCGAGUUCUUCAAAAAUGAAUCGAGACAAGAAUAAAAUUCUAGUCGAACAUCCCGCUGCGUAUGAGAAAUGUUUGAUCAAGGGACAGCUGACUUAGAAAUUUGUGACUUAGAGAAAAAGCGUCUGAUUCACCAGUCUGACCAACAAGAAAGUUGACUCUGCGUUCACAAACUUUUUCCAUACUCAUUUUUUUCCAGAUUCAAAUUUGACAAAGUUAAAAAAAUUAAUUUUUGAUUAGCAUAAUACGUGCAACUUAAAUCAAUUCAUGUAGCAUUUUUGAUCAUAUUUUUUUGUUUUUAAAAAUUGUAAAUUUUUCUUUUGAAAUGCAAAAAGUCCUUGAAACGAUAAAUUUUUGGACGUUGUCAUAAUUAUUUUGAUAUCACAUCAACAUUCCGCGCUUAUCGUUUGCUCUAUCGGAAGUGCGUCAAAACGUUUUGAAUCCGAACGUUUCAAUUUUUUACAGUGUCCCAAGCGGAAACCGCCGUUGAAAAAUUCCUUUUGUUUCAAAAAACCCUUUUUUCUGUUAACAUAAAAUCGCUUAUCGUUUUUUGUGACCCAAUGGCAAUAUUCGAUCAAAGGAAAUGCAAAAUUGUCUGAUCAAUUUUUAUGAACGUGAGUAGGUUCGCCCAUUUUUCCAAACGUAAAUUUUCAGAUACUUUUUUUUUGGAGGGAAGUUUCAUAUUCUCAGGCCUUCAAAAACAUUUAGGAGUUCUAAAACUCAUUAUUAAAAUACUUUUGCAACUCCUGAUGGUAGCUUAUUUUUUUCCGUCCAGGUGAAAUUUUUUCGAUCGAGGGACAGCUGACUUUGAGAAAAAAAGAACCUUCCGAUUCACCUGUUGGAUCGAAAGAAGAAAUCAGUCGCCCACUGAUUGUAUUCAAAGUUGGAAGACUGAUAUUAAAUUAUCGAAAUUUAAGAAGUCUCAAGUUGAAAAAAAUAUUGUGAUCACCAGAUUUUUCUAAGAAAAAAAGCUUCAGGUGUAGAAACUGAAAUGAAAACUCACAUUUCCGGAAUUCUUAUAAAAAGGUUAAACCUUAUCAAAAGGACAAUUUUCGGAUUCUUUUUUGAAAUCAUAUUUCCCUAUCCGAUGCUCUAUUGAAGGGCGUAGGAAUGUUUUGAUUUUAAUGUUUUCUUUCCUUACAGUGUCCCAGGCGGAGAACGCCCUUGAGAGAUCCUUUUGUUUGAACAUACUUUUAUUUUUCCUUUUGAUUUCGAAUCUGAUUGCUUUUCUCCUUUCCGUGACAAAUAUUCAAAGUACAGCUGAUUUUAAGAAUUCGAAGUAUAACCUUUUUUUUCACCUGUACGAAAAACGGUAACAAGUCCUAACAAGACUUUUUUAGUUUUAAAAUCCUUCCGCAGCGUUUUUUUUCUGAAAACUUCAGAACCUAUCUUUUUCAGAGUUCUUUUUCUCUUUCUUCCUGAUCCCAUGCUCUGAAUAAAUUGUCUUUUUUCAUUACCAAGUCAUUACUCUUCUCUUUUUUCAAGCAAGCAAUAUUUCUCGAGAGAGUGAGGCUAUUUUGUCCGCGCAAUUCUUCUUUCUCAUCAUGAUUUCGAAGACUCCAAAUUUUGAAGAAGGAAAUAGGUUCUUUUUUGAAUUUGCUGAUUUUAAAGUCGUUUUUUAUGGUAACUUUCGACUGUGAAGCAAAAAUUUAGGAAAAAAAUUCCUGGGUACAGGGUUUGCUAAUAGCAGAAAAGGUUGAAACCGUUUUUGUGUGGCAUUACGAAAUUUUCAAAAUUUUUGGACUGGUAAAGAUUACCCUGGCUUCACACAGAAAGCCUCCAGAAAUAAGCUACCCUACUCAGAAAUUAUUGUAAACUUUAUUCCUUUGUUAAAUUUUUUUAUUUUUGGAAAAUAAAAGACUUUUUAAAUUCAACAAUUCCACCCUUCGAUCAAAUUUUUUUAUUUCACAGACAAAAUCAUAAAAAGUUCUUCAAGCCAUAACUCGGAGAAAAAUCUUUCACUCGCCCAUUUUCUUUUCCCUUUUCCGCCCCAUGUUUCACUCUGAUUUCGAAUUUUCCUGCCUCCUCGUCUUUGACUUCUCUUCUGAGUUCCUAAAACCUCGUCAAGCAGCCAUUUUUGUUGUCGAAUUCAAAGCCGCCUCGCCACACGUUACAUUGGUCCCAGCCGCUUUCCUUUUCUUCGAAGCUUAGCUCCAAAAUUUUCUCUUUUGCCACUUUUUGUCUCUUUCUUGCGUCGAUUUUUCAAGUUGUUCAGUUUGUUCCGAAGCACACGGCAAAUAGAACUCUUGAACAAAUCAUAAAGCAGAGUUUGAAGUUUUCUUUGUUUUUGACAAUUAGUUCGUUUGUUAGGUCACUUACUCUUUCAAUUUUCUUCUCUACAUUGAGUUUUUCAUUCAUUUUCUGUCGAGGAACUUUCAUUUGAGGCUUUCUGAGAAAACAUAUUACUGACAUUUUUGAGCUCAUUCAAGUGGAAAAAGGUCGUGAAAUAGGAAUAAUGCUUCAGGGCUGCAUAUUGAAGUAGUUGAAUAAACUAUAAACUUUUCCAUUAUUCGCUUUUUUCGAAAAAAUCAUUAAAACUUCUACAAUUUUGUAAAAUUAUCAGCCAAAUAUUGAAAGCUUUCAGAGUACACCUGUAUAAAAUAAAAGUGACCAAAGUUAGUAAAUUUGAAAGCGUUUUUCAAAACUCUUUCGAAAUCUACAGUAUAUCCGUUAUUUUUUUACAGAGUUAUCGCAUGAUACCUCCUACAUUUGAAAAUUAAAAAAAAUGAUAUCGAACGAUAUUCCAACAGAAAAAAAUACUAAGUACUCUUUUGUUGUCUACCAACUCACCCGGACUACAAUUCGUCAUUUAAAUGUCCUUCAAAAAUAUCAAAUUCUUAUUAAUUUGAACUGUUCUACUGAUAUUUUCAAUGUCGUCUGAAUUCAGUUUGAGAAUUGAUGAAAUUGGAUGAAGAACAUUCUUUUGUUCUUGUGAUUCAAAUAUUUUUCAAAAUUAUCUCAUUAUUUCUUCUUUUGAACUUUUUAAGCAAGCACAUCUUGGAAAAAAAUGUCAUUUUUUUCCGGUUAAAUAAAUGCAUCUUCAGAGAAAUUAAAAGCAAUGAAAUAUAUCUUCCUUCUGAGAAAAAUAGCUCUUUUCUUCAAAAUGACCACUAAAAAAGAGGCGGAUCCGUCUUACUAUAAACUAAUAAAAUGUGACUUCUGUUUUCUGGACUAUCUUCACAUUAUUUAUCAAUUGAUAGUGAAAUCAUAGUAGUUUUUAUCACACACCGGUGUAUUUGUGGUCACUGAGUCAUGUCCAUUUUUUCUCUCCUCCUACGCCCUUCGUCAUUUUGAAGCGUUCUUUCAAAUCUUUUCUUUGCAAUGUUUGCUUUGACGGUACCCUAUUUAUAAAUAUGAAUACGUGCAAGUAAAGUGUUAUUUUUUUGAGCUACAUUUUAGUUAUAAAAACUUCUUUUUUUGGACAAAUAGUUCAUUUUUUUCGACGAGGUUUCUUUCAAAAAAAUCUUUUUUUAGAUUCAUCAAAAAAAUCUUCUUAUUUUUUUAUUUCACGUACCUGACAGCUUGAUCCACAAAAAAAGUGUUAUGAAAAAGACUAUACCUUAAGUUUCGGAAUUUUUUUCCCAGUAAGCUUUUUUUGAUCUGAAGGCAGGUGGAAAGAAAUAGAACAAAAAUUUUUAAAAUUUCUAGAAAAAAACUGUGAACUUGAUAAAUGGAGCGGAAGUAGCUUUUUCGAUGUCUAAUGCACCAAAAAUUCAUUUCAUUCUCGAAUCGAAACAUUUUUAAAACCAAUAAGUCCAAAAAAAAGAAUACGACGUAUUUGAAUGGAGAAUGCCAUUUGAGCCAAUUGAAUCGGGGCCACUAGAAAAUUCGUCUCAAUUAUGUGGAGCGAUUUCGUUUCUCUCGUUUCUCUCGUUUUCUUUUGAUUAGGUUUACCAGAGCUGAUUAGCCAUUUUUUAGCCACUAGACACUGAUUUUUGAAGAGAUCAUUUUACUUUCUAGUCUGAAAUUUUCUGGAAGCGUUCUUUGAUUUACUAAAAAGAAAUUUUUGCGUUAGAGAUUUGCAUAAUUUUUCAGUUUUUGGAGAAAGGUGCCUUGACUGAAAAAAAUCAAAAGCUAAAAUAAGUUCCAAAAUCUUUGUAUGAAUAAAAAUGUAUGGCCAAGUGUCAAAAUUUUGAAAAUUCACUUACAUUAUUAAAGAUUUUUCCUCUUGAAAAUUGGGUUGAAAUUUUAUUGAAAUCAAAUUUUCAAAAUUGUCUUCCUUUGAGAAGCCGUUUGCACCUUGAAUUUAGGAAAUCGGAUCCAGGAUUUUCAAAAUUAUAUCUCUGUUACACAAAACUGUUUCUUUUUGAUCUCGAGUUUUUUUUGUACACUUCUCUACAGUAUUCUUGCGUUUGCUCUUAAGUUUUUUUUGACCAAGAUUUUUUCAAAGGAGAUUUCGGCGUCCUUUAUCGUUAAAAAUUUGCUUUUAUUCACAUUAAUUCGUCUGGAGCCUUCAAUCUCUUUCUCUGAACUCUCAAAAAGUUCAUUUUCGGUAGUUUCCUAUAGAGAUGAUUCAUAGACUUUGAAAUGAAAGUUGUUUUUCAAGGGGUUUUUUUUCAAAAUGAAGCAUGUAUUAUAAAUUUCUGGUCAUCUUACUCCCUUUAGACCAUCUGUCCAACUAAAGCUCGAGAUUUCAAAGUUGUGAUUUACCAUUUUUUCAGAUGGGAGGAGUCAUCUCGUUCAUUUCCUCUCGCGGCCACCAAGACAACCAUUUAAACCCAAGUCGACAAGUACGUCAAAAUUACCUUUAAAGUUUCAAAAAGUUGGAAAAAUUUCCAGGUUCGAACCAGAAACGGCCUUGUCGAAGGAUACCGGUUGAACAUUGCCGACCAGAAAAAUGUGGACAUUUUCCUCGGCGUUCCAUUCGCCAAGCCGCCUGUUGGAGAUCUUCGGUUCAAGGUGAUCAAACUUAUAUUUUGAGACGGUUUUAACUAAGAGUAUUUUUACAGAAGCCUGUAGACGCCGAAGAUUGGGAAGGGGUCAAGAAGUGCGUCCGAUUCGGUCCAAGAGCUCCCCAAGCCGACUUUUUCUGGGAAAAGUACACUUUGGGAGUGAAGACAAGUGAAGAUUGUCUCUAUCUGAACGUCUUCUCUCCAGAGUGGAAAAGCAAAGAGGAUACAAAAGUGAGUGAGUUUUCAAGGGGCCUCAUAAAGGAUUGAGUUUUCAGCUUCACUCCGUGAUGGUCUACGUUCAUGGCGGCGGAUUUCUGAUCGAUUCGGCGGUCAAAUAUGGAGACGUUGGGAUUGCAAAGUUAGUUGAAACGUGUAGAAAGAAAUCAUUCAUUUCCGUAUACAACAAAGAAACCUUAAAAUGGAAUUCAAAAAAAAGUUCAAAAAAGAUAAUUUUCAGAUAUCUCUGCCGCCAUGACGUGGUCGUGGUGACGAUCCAGUACCGACUUGGCCUUCUAGGCUUCUUCUCCACUGGAGAUGACGCCUGUCCGACAAACUUAGGACUGUGGGACAUGACAAAGGCUCUCGAGUGGGUUCGGGUCAGUUUAUGCUUCAAUUUCGUUUUCGAAUCUUUAAAAUGUUGAAAAAAUGCUUGAUGGCACUGUUUUUCAGGACAACAUCCACGCGUUUGGUGGAGACCCACGAAAAAUCACCGUUUUUGGACAAAGUGCUGGUGGGGCGAGCGUCGAUUUUCUGUCCAUUAGCCCACACUCACGAGGUAAGGAUAUACGACUUGAAUGAUUCUCAAUGUCUCAAACAAAAUUUGCAGAUUUGUUUCAACAAGUCGUGCCAAUGGCCGGCAACGGAGAAUGCGAGUGGAGUACGGUCGCAGAACCGAAACUCGUCGCCUCGUGCAAAGAUUUUGCUACAAGGAAGCACUGGGACGGCGGAAGUGGUUAGUAAAAAAAUUUAAAAAAAGUCAAUUUCAUAUUUUCCAGAAGAAAACGCCACGUCCGAAAUGAUUUCGUACCUCAAAACGAGGAAGGAGAAGGAAUUUGAACGACGGCUCUUAACGAGAAAAGUGAGAAUAUUAACAAAUAUAAAAAAAAAAAUGAAUGUUUUUCAGGGAGUGGACGUUUCAAAAAUCGGCCUCGAUUUGGCUCCGGUUAUUGGGAAGUCGCCAGAAGACUUUCUGCCGAAGCCGAUAGACGAGCUCAGGAAGGAAGCUCCGAAGAAGAACAUCAUGGUCGGCACUUGUGAAUAUGAAGGGCUAUUGUUCGGUAAGCACUUUGAAAUGCCCAAAAAGGGGAAGAAAAUCUAUAAACAGGCUUCAAAGAAAGGCUAAUCAGUGAAGCUUCAAAAUACAUUUUUCCUGUUAUCUGUUAAAAUUCAUCUACCACUUUUUAACGAGAACGAAAACAAAAUAAACUCACAGCGAGUCCACAACUUUCAGGUUCACCUGCUCUCCACCAAAUGAAUUCACAUUUCAGCCACCCUUGGCCCCACAAUCUCAUCUUUUUGAGCUAUUACGGCUAAUGCUUUAAAAAAAUAAUGGAUAUACUAUAGCUUUCAAUGAUUGGCUGAUAAGGCUAUAAAAUUGUAGAAGUUUCAAUGAUUUCUUCGACAAAACGAAGAAUGGAAAAGUUUAUAGUUUAUUCAACUACUUCAAUAUGCAGCCCUGAAGCAUUAUCCCUAUUUCACGACCUUUUUCCACAUUUUCACUCUCACAGCUUUUCCCUUUUUCUUUUUUCUUUUUUGUCAUUUGACCAAAUGAAUUCACAUUUCAGCCACCCUUGGCCCCACAAACUUUGAUGUCAAAGGAAUCGACAAACUGCUGGACCUCGUGAUCACCAACGAGUAUCACGAGGACUACGUUGAUCUGCGGAGAGAAGCCAGAGCCCUCUACUUGAGGAAAGAAGGCGAUGAAGACGACCGAGACGCCGCUGCUCGAGGAUUCAUAAGAGUGAGUUUUUUUUUAACUAAAGAAGACACCAUCUCGGCUAGAAACUGGAAUCUACACAACUGAAAAGAAUAUUUUUCAGCUCUACAGCGACUUGUUCGUGAACAACGGCACCUACAAGUACGCCUACAAAAUGACCCAAUUUGGUCACAAGGUCUACAUGUACUCCUUCGACUACUACAAUCCCAAGAGUUUCGGUCUUUUGGCCCUCCGAACUCCUUUCAAAGGUUUGCUUUUCUCACAGAAAGAAAAAUAAACUUUAAAUAAUUCAGCCGCCACGCAUUGCACGGAGCUCACUUACAUCUUCGGCGUUUCGAUCGUCUUCAACUUCAGAAUGACGGAUGAAGACAAGGCGAUGCUCGACCUGAUGACGAGGAUGUGGACCAACUUUGCCAAAUACGGGUUGGUUUUGAGAUUUAUCGGGAAAUUAUGAUGAUUCGUAAAAGCUAUGGACGUGAUCCAACAAAAGUUAAGAAAUAUUAUUUGAAAAUUUUUUUGUCAAUAUCGGCAGAAAUUAGUGCAAGUCAUUCGAACAGCUUAAAAAUUAAAAAAAAACUACAGUAUUGGCCUUAAAGGAAUAUCAAUGUGAUUUUUCGAGAAUAACUUCUCUGAAAUUGGCUCAAAUGACUUGAAACUUCGCACAGAUUUCAAAUAGCUAGGCAGUAACUUUUUCCCGAAAGGAAAACUCGUUUCCUCGAGUCAGACUGGAUUUGAGAGCAAAAAACCAGAAAUCGUGAAAAAUUUGACGCCUCGUCAUUCAAAUGGACUAAACGAGGUCAUUUUUCUUUGAAGACACCCUGUUUCAUGUUAAAAACUUUGAAACACCCUCAAGAUCUGUAUAUUUUUGAGCUCUCGGACCACAGUUGGCUCUCCUCCAAAUUGAGACCAAAAUAGGUGAAUAAUUAACAAUGCAACUGAGUUAUUGGAGAAAACUUCCUUUCAUAUUUUCUCAACUACAUUUCUUGAUCCAAAAACUGUAAAAAAAACGCAACCUGCUGAUUACAGCAAUCCCAACGGACCAUAUGAGGAUUCGAGCGUUUUCGACUUCAAGUGGGAGCCAACCGAUCCAGAACACCCUCUAAAGUGAGAUUUUUUUGAUAAAAUCCGAUAAAAACCAACAUUUAAGGUUCUUAUCGAUCGCCAAGAAAUGUGAGAUGAAGGACGAGUACCACGAGCACCGAGCCAACUUCUGGAAGAAAAUUAAACUUAGCGCUAAGUGUUGUUAA